GAAUAUUUCUGCCAGCCGCGAAUACUACCGCUAACAUUAGAAGAGGAUGUGCUGUUUUUAAAAUCACAGAUUCGCGCAUAGAAAAACUGAUCAAAUUUAUUUGUAUUUAGUUUUUCUUUUCUCUAAGCACCGGUCAUUUUUGUGCAUACUGUGACAUUGGCAAAAUCAGUGCCUAAGGUGUUGGAGCCAAUACUUUUAAUAAAAAAAAGAAGAGGAUGAAAUAUUAGUUAUGUAUCCGCCACUGUUUUUAUCGCCUCGUUUAUCUAUGACUUUAAUUUUUGAAUAAUGCUGGAUUCCCGGUCACAGUCUUGACUGUGAUUGGUAGCAUGUAAGAGAGACACGUAAUACAUUGAGUUAUAUUAAUUUUUGUUCGAAUUAGUAAUGUUUGCGAAAUGAAUAUACUAAAAUAAAAUUUGCAAUUUAAGUAAGUCAUGAAAAAAAGAAGAAUAAAAUAGUUUUAGCGAUAAGCCCAACUGUUGUGCGUUUUCCUGUGUAAUGCGUGAUUGAAGGAUUACUGGUGGCCCGGGGGCAUGUCCAGUUUCACCAGGACAGGUGGGCGAGCAAAGGCUCAGCAAGGAGGGGUAUCAUUUGCUAACAGCUGCCCGAGCGCCUCCGAAGGAGACCUAACAACUCAGGUGAUAUUUGAUCCUAGUGGCCUAAUAUUACUAAGAGGGCAAACAGUUAUGACAAAUGAGGAUUAAGUUGGAUAUAGGUAUGUAACGCGUUCGGAAUAGGAGAGCCGACUCCCAUAGAAUUAUGUAUAUCAGGUAUGGAGAAAUAAAUGCUUCGUUUCCCAUCAGACGUGCAGGAAGAAUAUUUUUAUGUGAAAGAGCUUACGUCCCACCAGAUAUUAAAUGGUUCCUGGAGCCAAUAGACAUCACGGCGUAAUGACGACAUCCAGUUUGAAGCUGGUUCAUGGUAUGGCAAGAUGGUGGUAUCUACCUAUGCGGUCUUACAAUUCGCCUUACCAAUGCCAGAUGGAGUUCGCAGUACGCAGGUACGGCGUAUGGCUUUCAUUACUAUUGAUAGAUAAAGCCGUUACCCUACUGCUCUCCGGGUUGACAUCACACUGCCACAUCAUAUACACGAACAUUUACAAAUAAAAACGAGCUACAAAAAGUUUCGUUUAUAAUUAGUUCUUUGACUUUUUAGUUUAUAAUUAGUUCUUAGAGCUCGAUAAGAUAUAAAGUUCGUCGUUAGUUGAACUUAAUGAAUGUGACAAAGAGAAUUCAUGAUAACGAAGUACCGAUAAAGGAGUUCUAACAAGUUCACUUGAUGUAUUUGUGUCAGUUUCGUUUAUUAUACAACAUAUACAAUGUCGUUUUUACUUACAUAUACAAUGUCGUUUUUACUUAACAUCUCACAAGUAAAUGCUCUUAGUGACGAACGUUUUGAGUAUGUGUUUAGAAACGUAAUUGAAUUAUAUCCCGCAGCUGCGAUAGAAGUAGGGAAGAAACGACCAUUUAAUAAUUCAACAGAAUUAUGUGCUGCUUUUGAUAAUUAUUUGGAAGAGCUGAGUACGGCAGAAAAGAACAAGGUAUUCAAAUUUCAUCCAGAUUUAGCCGGAAAGAUUUCACAAAUGGGAGAGUUAACGCCAGAAUCUACAAAAGAGCAGAAUUCUGCUGGUUUAAAUCAAUUGAAUUCAGAACAGAAAAGUUUGAUAAACCAUUAUAAUGAAAGUUACAAAGAAAAAUUUGGAUUUCCAUUCAUUGUAUGUGCAAGGGAGAAUAAAGUAGCAUCAAUAUUAGAAGGCCUGCAAAUCCGAUUGAAAAACUCGUCUUUCCAGGAAUAUCAAACUGCAUUAAAUGAAGUGAAAAAGAUAUGCAGAUAUAGAAUCUAUGACAUUGUUGACGAGAAUUAACCUUUCUCAUGCAUUGUAAUGAACCAAAAUUCAAUAAAUUUUCAUUGUGUA